UCGUUAUCAAUGGAAUAAAGAGAAAGAAAACCUGAAAUCCCUAGCGAGCAAAGCGAAGUAAAUAAAAACUAUAUCAAAAAUGCUUACCAGACACUUACUAAAGCAAGCUUCAACCUGCCGUCAUUUCCUCUUGAAUUCUAAAACUUCUUCUCCUUUGUUAACUAAAUCUCUUCUUUUCUCUUCUUCUUCUUCUUCUUCAGAAUCACAAAGCCCCACCACUACUUUCGUCGACGACAAGGUUACCGAUCAAUAUCCCACUAGGACCUCCAUCUCCAUUGACCGUUCCGACCUAUAUAAUCUACCUGGUCCAACUUCUCUUCUCAUACUCGUAUUCUUUUUUUUUUUGUGGUGUUUCUUCGGAUUUGUUUGGUUAUUAUUGUACUCUAUUGUAGAUCAUUCUCAUGAACCCACAUCAGAGUCUGAGCUUGUCAAGCACCUUAAAGGCAUUAUCAAGUUCCGAGGUGGCCCAAUCUCAGUGGCAGAGUAUAUGGAAGAAGUUCUGACGAAUCCCAAGUUUGGAUUCUACAUUAGUCGAGAUGUGUUUGGAGCAGAAGGUGAUUUCAUUACAUCUCCUGAAGUAAGCCAGAUGUUUGGUGAGAUGGUUGGUGUAUGGGCCAUGUGCCUUUGGGAGCAAAUGGGACGGCCAAAACAAGUGAACCUAGUUGAGCUGGGGCCAGGACGAGGAACUCUGAUGGCUGAUCUUCUGCGUGGUGCAUCAAAGUUUAAAAGCUUCACAGAAUCGUUGCAUGUACACUUGAUAGAAUGUAGUCCUAUGUUACAGAAGCUUCAACAUCACAACUUAAAAUGUUUAGAUGAAGAUGAUAACGGUGAUGGUGUUGAAAAAAGGACCAUCAGCACGUUGGCAGGGACACUUGUGUCAUGGCAUGCUUUGCUAGAGCAGGUUCCAUCAGGAUUGCCAUCAAUUAUCAUUGCCCAUGAGUUUUACGAUGCUCUACCUGUGCAUCAGUUUCAGAGAGCUUCUCGUGGCUGGUGUGAAAAAAUGGUUGAUGUUUCGGAAGAUUCAAUGUUUCGUUUUGUUCUAUCCCCACAGCCAUCACCAGCAACCCUAUAUUUGAUGAAGCGCUGCGAGUGGGCUGCACCUGAAGAAAUAGAGAAGCUUAGUCAUAUUGAGGUGUGCCCCAAAGCAAUGGAUUUGACACAUGCUAUUGCUGACAGAAUAAGCUGUGAUGGAGGAGGGGCCCUGAUUAUUGACUAUGGCCUAAAUGGUGUCGUCUCAGAUAGUCUGCAGGCAAUUAGGAAACACAAGUUCAUCAACAUACUCGAUGAUCCUGGGUCAGCUGAUCUCAGUGCAUAUGUCGAUUUUGCUUCCAUCAGGCACUCUGCUGAGGAAGUGUCAGCAGAUAUCUCUGUCCAUGGACCAAUUACUCAAUCCCAAUUUCUUGGUGCUCUCGGCAUAAACUUCCGAGUGGAAUCAUUGCUGCAGAACUGCACAGAUGAACAAGCUGAUUCCCUGAGGACAGGAUACUGGCGUCUGGUAGGUGAAGGUGAAGCCCCAUUUUGGGAGGGACCUGAUGAACAGGUGCCCAUUGGAAUGGGUACUCGGUAUCUAGCAAUGGCCAUCGUGAACACGAAGCAAGGUGUUCCAGUUCCAUUUCAAUGAAGUUUGAACCACAGCAUGAUUUUUAACCUUUUUGUAUUCUGCAUUUGUAAAUUUGUAACAAAUGCAACUUUAAAUACAUCAGCUCAGCAAUGCUUGUGUGUUUUGAAAAACCUAGUUCAUUUGGAACUCUUUUAA